AUGUAUUCCGCUCGCGGUGCCCCUCCACCAAUUCCUCCAAAACCUAACAGUCAAGAGAGAAAUAAAGAAAAUAACAACAUCGAUCAAUUAUUGACUUUACUAGAUUCUGAAUCGCAGUUCUCAAAUAAUCCUCCAUGUUCGUCGAAUUCAAUUUCACAUACUUCCAAUCCAGUUGCUUUUCCGCAGCCUUACCCACAACAAACCGGACAAAAUUAUUAUAACAGUGGUCCGAUGCCUCAAGUUUAUAGUAGUGGACAAGGUUACUACCAAGAAAACACCGGAUAUUACACAAAUUAUCAAGGUUGGCCUUCCCAAAAUAAUUAUCAAAUGCCACCUUCGAAUCAACAUAUUCCCACGAUUCAUAAUCAACAUGGUUAUACUCAAUAUCCGGGAAAUAAUGGAAACACAACCUACACACCACCAAAUACAAAUUCAAAUGUUAGGGCAGAAUAUUCCGGCGGAAGUAACGGAAAGAACGGAACUAAUUUAAGCACAACCUACACACCAUCAGGAACUAAUUUAAGCACACCCUACACACCAUCAGGAACUAAUUCAGGCACAACCUAUACACCAUCAAAUGCGAAUUCAAUUGUUAUGCCAGAUUUUCAUUCUUAUAAUGCAGGGUCCUCCUCAAACUUACAACAAAAUAAUAAAUCGAACUAUAUGCCACAACCGCCUAAGAAUAAUUCUUAUUCGUAUGAACCUUAUAAUGCACAUCCGAUUGAUCAGAGCUAUACGAGUUAUAAUAGUGAAAAAAAGGUUCCGGCUCUUGAUUAUCCUUCUCCUAAUUUAAAAUCCAGAGAACCCCCGUGGAUGCCUGAUUAUUCAGUGCCUAGUGGGAUGCCAAUAAAAGACAAAAAGUCAUAUUUAGAUGAGAAAAAACCAGCUUUACUGUCCUACAUAGCGUUAGCAUUUAAUGCUAAUAUAAAAUUAGGUACCCACGUGAAAGGUGCAUUAGAAUACCCGGAUAGUUUUACGGGGAAAGAUGCAGUGAGCACAAUUUAUGCCCUUCUUCCGGAUAACAUUCCUCGGCUUGUUGCUUUAUCAAUGGCACGUUCAUUGGAAGCUCAGCUUUAUUUUCAUUCAAUCAAUUGGGCCACUAUUACUGUAAUAAAAGAUACGGAGGAUGAAGUGUAUGCAUUUCUUAAUUCAGAAAAUGAUUCUACAGAAUGGGAUGAAGAUUUUCCUACAGGUGUCUUUCCUAUGGUCUCAAAAUGCUAUAGUCCUCGAUGUGGAAUUGAUGGCAAAAGUUGUUAUUCUCGAACUUGCAUCAAUUAUGUUCCAGGCGUGGAUGAAACACCACCUCCACCACCUGUUGAACCUUUAUUGAGUCCACAAAUUAGUGUUGCUUCCGUACCUGAUUCUACGUCGUCGCAAGCAUCACAGGAACAGGGUCGUACGUGGAUUGGUUCAGUUCCAAAAGAAAUUUUAGAUUCCCUCGAUAAAGAAGAAAGAAAGCGUCAAGAAAUUAUUUUCGAAACUAUUUAUACUGAAGAGGAUUACGUUAAGGAUUUGGAUCUUCUUGAUACGCUUUUUAUGAAAGGGCUUCGUGAAUCAGUCCCCCCAAUUAUACAACCUGCUCAGCUUGAAGAAUUUAUUCAAGCAGUGUUUUUUAAUGUAUUUAAAAUUCGUACACAUAAUCAUAAAAUGCUCGAACGCUUACGGAAGAGACAAAAGGAAAGUCAUGUGGUUGAAAGCAUUGGUGAUAUUUUUUGUGACAGUGCUAUGGAAUUUGGAACAGAUUACAUUGAUUACAACGGGCAUUUUCCUAUCGCUGACAAUACAAUUAGGAAUGCCAAGCAAAAAAAUUCUGCGUUCAAACGUUUCCUUGAGCAAUGUUCGCGAAAUAAAGAAGCUCGAAAGCUUGACUUCAGACAUUUUGUACAACGUCCUACCCAAAGGCUACAACGGUACACAUUAUUACUUGAACAGAUCAUAAAGCAUACAUCUGAUGCUAAUCCGGAUAAAGGACUUCUUGAGGGUGCAUUACAAACUAUUCGUGAACUUUGCAAAGCAAGCGAUAAUAGAGUACACGAAGUAGUACAACGAUCGAAAAUACUUGAAAUUGAGAAGAGAUUGGUGAAUAAGAACGGAGAACCUUGUACCGCUCUCAAGCUUAUGGAUAUAAAUCGACAGUUAUUACAUGAAGGUGAAUUACACAAGAAGUCGGGAUUAGAAAUGCUAAGUCUUCACGUGAUUCUUUUUGAUCAUUACUUGGUCAUGACUAAAGUAAAGAAAACUCCUGAUGGAGAUAUAAGAUACAUUGUUUCAAAGAAGCCUAUUCCCUUAGAAAUGCUUAUAGUUGAUUUGUCCGUUGAAAGUGCUGCAAGGACUGGGACAACAUUUCAUCUCCCUAUUGGACAACGUGAUUCGGCGCGACGGAAAGUAAGUAAUUCAAGUUACAGGGAUCAACAAUUCGUUACAGAUUUGGAAAAAACAGAUGGUAGAGCAAAUAAUCCAUUUACAAUCCAUCAUAUUGGACGAAAUGGACAACAAUAUCAAUUAUUUGCCGAUUCCGCAAAUAAUAGAAAGAAUUGGAAAGAAAAAAUACUUGAAGCUCAGACUAAGCUUCAAUUAAACAAAUCGAAUUCUCAAGUAUUUGAAUUGUUUACAUUGAAUGAUGUUACAUUUGGAACUGAAGUUAGGUCAGGAACUUCUGGGUCCAGAGUGAAAAUUACGUGUUCCGUGGCUUUUGUUACUCCAGAAAAACGUAAUAUGGUUGCCAUAGGAACUGAAGAAGGAGUAUGGAUGGGAUUUGGAGGAGAAAUGAAGACAUUCCAAAAAGUGUUGACUAUUGGUAAUGUAUCGCAGAUGGCAGUACUUGAAGAUUAUGGAAUAUUUAUUGUAUUAGUUGAUAGAGCACUUUGGGCAUAUUCAUUAGAAGCUUUAAUACCAUCUUCACCUGGCAGAAGUCCUAAUGUUCAAGCAACACGACAACGAUUGUGUGCCAAUAGUAAUGUUCAAUAUUUCAAUGUCGGCACAGUGAAAGACAAAACGUUAUUAGUUUACAUGAAGAAAAAAGGUUUAGAUAGUCAUUUCAAGGCUUUAGAACCAGUAGUUGCUGUUAAUGCACUACAUGAAAAAUCUAAGGGAUCCCGUAAAGCAUUUGGAGUUUGUACUCGUGGAUUUGAAAUUGUGAAUUUGGAUACUCUUCAAAAUGGAACCAUACCAGAUUUUGCAUUACCUUCAUUCUCACAAAUUGCACGGAAAUGUGAUGGAUCCAAACCUUUAGGAAUGUUUCGACUUAGCGAUAAUGAAUUUCUUUUAUGUUAUGACGCAAUUUUCUUUUAUGUUGAUAAACAUGGUGAAUUAUCACGAGAUUUGGUAGUAGAAUGGGAAGGUCAUCCUGAGGCAGUUGCAUUGCAAAUUCCAUAUGUCAUAGGAUUUAAUUCCUCGUUCAUAGAGAUUAGAGACGUUGAUAAGGGUGAUCUUAUACAAGUGAUACCUGGUAAAGGCAUGCGUUGUUUAAAUGAUAAUUCUUCAGGUAAACAAGCAAUUCACGCAGUUAUGCUGCAUCCAUUUAAUGAUGCGUAUUACAUAUUCCAAUUGGUGCUUUCAGAAUUACGAAGAAAAGAACAUAAAGAAAUUUUAGCAAAUAAAUAA